AUGUCUCUUGAUGCGACGUGCGCACGCCACGAGUACGAAGAUAGGCUGGCGGCGUCAGACCUACAUAUACGCUUCCGCAAGGACGGCACCGUCAAGCAUAUCCUACGCGGGCUUCUCGAUAAAGUCCGUCUGCCCCGGGCAGAACCAUUCGACGUCGAACCUGGUGACAACACCGUGAUGUGGAUACGCGCAAGUCGAUUAUUAAGUUUGUCCUCGAGUGCACUAAGGCACAUAUUGGAAGCGCCUAAACUCUCCGAUGGCCGGGUAGCGCAAAUUGAUCUAGCAUCAGAGAUGGUUGUCUCAUUCAUCGAUUUCGGUUUUGUUGCGGAUGCAGUAUCCAGAUAA